ACCAUAUCUUUCUCUUUCCUCUAAUCACCCGGCAGUCCUGUGGUCGUGGUAGCCUACUAUACGCUCGAGUAUCGUGUUCGCUCGUUUGAUAGUUUUCGAAAUCAAUCAGGGCUACUAGAGGAUGUCUAAUUCAGGCGCAAGUGGUGGACAAGAGCAACAAAAUUUAACCAUACUGGAGAAUUUAAGAAUGAAGAAGAUGCGAAUGAUGAUGCAAGGACCAUCUAACAGUGCUAGUGGUAGCAGCGGAAGUAGUGGAACCUCCAACCAAUCAAAGAUUGGUUAUCCAGGACGAUCUAGUGUUUCAAGAGAUCCAUCCGAGGCCCAUCAUUCGGCUAUGCAGCAGAAACAAGCUUUACAGCAUGCCCAAUCCAAUUCAUUUGCAUACUAUGUGACCCAGGACUCAUCGUUUGGAAACCUUAUACUUCCUGUUAUACCAAGACUUCCUGCCGAAUGAAAACAGUUGGAAAUGUUAUGUCACGAUGAACACAGGAAAAAAAAUUGGGAAGUUGUUGUUGCCUGAAACUGUAGCAGGACAAGUUAAUGGUGAAGAUGAAUACCAAGUAAAAUGCCACCAACUGUCAGCAGAUUUUGGGUCACAUUGGGGGCAUUUGUUACCAACAGCUGCUUGAUGCAAAGUGUCUUAGCCCUAACACAUGCAAUACUGAGGGUGAUAUUUGUUAUAAGGCAUUGUAAAAUCAGAGUUAAGUUAGUUAAAUACAGAUUUUCCUAUUCUGAUUUCAAUUCACUUCAAUUUAUUUCAUUAUUUCAGUCACAAUAUACAAUUGCAAAUUAUAGUAUAAUAAUACAAAAUAAGUAAUCCCUUUGAGUGGUGGCUCCAGAAAUUGACCAAAAGGGGGGUCCUGAAUCAAGGGGCUAACUAGAUCUGCCUCGGUCCCAGAAUAUAAAUUCCUGGUUGGGUUCAUGGAGAAAGUUUUUACGGCUUAGUAUGGCCCAAAAUUGUGAUACAGUAUUAGUGAUUGGCAAUCAAAAUAUAAAUAACGUUAGGCAAAUUAAUAUUUCUGGCUCGUCCUGGCGUCCAACAACGGUGGGUGGGGAGGGGCAGGCCUGGCAAAAGCGAAUACAGGUCAGUGUUACUGAUUGAACAAACUCUGUGCAAUUUAUGAUUUAUGGUGAACCUUUUUGAAAUAAUAAAAUAUUUCACCGUGCAUUCUGAAAAGUCUACAAACAAAUCUUUGCCAUAGUUAUGAAGACAUUGUAAUCUUUCUUUGUAUUGUUAUUUUAUGUUUGUACAUCUAUUAAGAUUUUUAGAAAUUAAUAGAAUAUUUUUAUAUUUGUAGUCAAGCCUAACUGAUUUAGUCUGAAUAUAUUUUGGUAUGUUUCAAAUGCAAUUACCACUGGAGGAAAUUAUCAGUUUUUAUGAAAAAAAUAUGAAUAAAAUUUGCCAACAUAAUUUUGUUGAAAGACAGAUUACAGUACUACCAUUAAGUAAAAUUAAAUGUAACACAAAUAGUAGAUAAAUAAUAGAAUAGAAAAAGUGACAUACCAACAAUUUUACUAUAAUAUAUAUCACUAGUCAAUCCAACAAAGAGGAGAUUAAAUUAAUAUUGUUUAUUAUAAAUUGUAUCAAAUGAUUUAGUCAAAUGUAGUUAUAAUUUCUUUGGCAACCUAUACAAUAUUGAUAUUAUGUCAAAUGUCAAAUUUGUUUACAAGACCUAAUAUUAUUUCCUUUCCCAAAAGGCAUUCUUUUGAAAGGAAAUAUACAUAAGGAAAAACAUUUUUGUUAUACCUUGUUUUAGCAAACCUGCUGCCUGCCAAUAAUGAUGAUUUCGAAUAAAAAUAAAAUUUUUUUUUUUGCCACAUUAGCGCACAUGCCACCACAAAAA